AUGCUACGACUUCUGUUGUUUAUAUUGAACGCUAGUCUGAUCCCAGUGCUGGCAAAAGAGCAAUGCCUUUGUGCUGAAUCGGAUCUGCUCAUACGGACCAGUCCUAGGGCAACAGCCCCGGUUGUUACUCAACUCACAGCAGGCUCUUGUUUGAAACUCUCGCAGUUUAAACGUAGUGGUCAAUGGCUACAUGUCAGUGGAGAUGAGGUUCAGUCAGGAUACCUCGAAUCAGCCGCUUUACAGUCACAGCCAUGCCCAGGUGACACGUUGAAGAGAUAUCAAAGAGACUGCCCGUCGUAUUGUUCUUCUUGUUGUCAUGACGAUAAGAGACGUUCUUCUCAUCAUCAUAACUACUGUUCUUCUUGUGGGAGUCACUGUUGCAAUGAUGAUGGUCCAGUUUGGUCACGAUGGAGUCACUGCAGUGGAACAUGUGGGGAAGGAACACGUCACCGGAGUUGUACAGAUCGCUGUAGCUCGCUUUCGUCUAAUAAUCAAACCGAAACGUGUCGUCACGUGUUUUCAUGUCCUGUCUGGACGGACUAUAGUGAGUGUUCAGUCAGCUGUGGCGAGGGAACCCAGACACGGCAUUGUGAACAUCAUUGUUAUGGAAUAUCACAUCAGUCCGAGUCAAAAACAUGUCACAAACCGACAUGUAUUGAAGUUCCUGUGAAUGGACACUGGUCAUCUUGGAUGAAUUUUGGUGUGUGUUCGACCACGUGUGGUUCUGGUAUGCAAAUUCGCACACGCACCUGUUCGAAUCCAGCGCCAGCUAAUGGUGGACAUCCAUGCGAACCAGAUGCCAAGGGUGACAACGAGACAAAUGUUCAACUUUGUAUGUUACAAGAGUGUCUGAACGAUCUUCAAGGCGAUGCUCAUCUCUGUGAUAAGGUAUCAACUGUCCAAGCCUUAGCUGAAAUAAGCAUUACAAAUCCACCCAAGUGCCGUGAUGUGUGGGUGUCCGGAAGUGACAGUUUCCUGCAAGAACAUUGUAAAGGCAUACCAAUCCCAAAGCAAUGGAAGAAAGGAAUAUCGGUUGGAUUUGACAUGAAUAGAAAUAAGACAAUCCAGCCGUACACACCAAUCGCAACGUUCUGGAACGACGUUUACCAACAAGAUACCUCCCACGAAGGUUUUAGCGGAAUAUUUAUUAGCUAUACCGGCUCAGGAUUCAAGAUGGCGACCAGAGCUUGUAACGGGGUAGCAGAAGUGAUGGAUAUUCCGAGAAACACAUCAAUAUCAACUAAUGCCAGGUUCCCGAAUGAUCCAUUUAAUUACUUUACUGUCAGAUGGUGA